AUGUUCGUCGUCAAGCGCAACGGGCGCAAGCAGCCCGUCCAGUUCGACAAGAUCACCGCGCGCAUCCGGAGGCUGUCCUAUGGCCUGCACCCGGAGCUGUGCGACCCGGUUCUGGUUGCCCAGAAGGUGACGGCGGGAGUGUACAAGGGCGUCACGACCACCGAGCUGGACGAGCUGGCCGCGCAGACUGCGGCCUCCCUCACUUCCACGCACCCCGACUAUGCCAUUCUUGCAGCGCGAAUUGCGGUUUCCAACCUGCACAAGAAUACAGAGAAGUCCUUCACUGCAACAGUGAAGAAGAUGUAUGAGUAUGUCAACCCUAAGACAGAAGAAAGGGCACCAUUGAUUGCUGAAGACGUAUACCAUAUUGUCAUGGAGAAUGCCCAGAAGCUUGAAAAUGAAAUUAUUUACGACCGUGACUUCCACUACGACUACUUUGGGUUUAAGACUCUCGAACGCUCCUACCUGCUUCGGGUGAAUGGGAAAGUCGUGGAGAGGCCCCAGCAUAUGCUCAUGCGCGUGUCUGUGGGCAUCCACAAGACCGACUUGGAGGCGGCCAUACAAACCUACCACUUGCUGUCUGAGCGCUGGUUCACGCACGCCUCCCCCACCCUCUUCAAUGCAGGCACGCCCCAGCCCCAGCUCAGCUCCUGCUUUCUGGUCAACAUGAAGGAUGACAGCAUUGAGGGCAUCUACGACACCCUCAAGGAGUGUGCCUGCAUCUCCAAGCUUGCUGGUGGCAUCGGCCUGAACAUCCACUGCAUCAGGGCAACGGGGAGCUACAUACGGGGCACAAAUGGCACAUCCAACGGCAUCGUGCCCAUGCUGAGGGUGUUCAACGACACGGCAAGAUACGUCGACCAGGGCGGAGGCAAGAGGAAGGGCGCAUUUGCCAUCUACCUGGAGCCAUGGCAUGCAGACAUUUUCGAUUGGUUAGACUUGAGGAAAAAUCAUGGGAAGGAGGAGGCCCGGGCCAGGGAUUUGUUUUAUGGGCUGUGGGUGAACGACUUGUUCAUGAAGCGGGUGGAAGCAGACGCAAAAUGGAGUCUAUUCUGUCCACAUGAAGCCCCUGGCCUGGCAGAUGUGUGGGGCGACGAAUUCGAAGCACUCUAUGAGAGGUAUGAGGAUGAGGGACGCGCUGUGAAGGUAGUGAAGGCCCAACAGCUCUGGUUCGCCAUCCUGGAGGCCCAGGUCGAGACGGGCAACCCCUACAUGCUGUUCAAGGAUACCUGCAACAGGAAGAGCAACCAGCAGAACCUGGGCACCAUAAAGGGCUCAAACCUGUGCACAGAGAUCAUCGAAUACGUGUCCUCGGAAGAGACGGCUGUCUGCAACCUGGCGUCGCUGGCGCUGCCAAGGUUCGUGCGGGAGAGGGACGCCACGGUGGGCGGCGAGGCCAUGAGGCUUCUGGGGACCUUGAACGCAGACAACAGGUACUUCGACUUCCAGAAGCUGCGCGAUGUCACCCGCUCCGUCACUCGCAACCUCAACCGCAUCAUCGACGUCAACUACUACCCCGUGGAGACGGCGCGCCGCUCCAACAUGCGCCACAGGCCCAUCGGCAUAGGCGUGCAGGGUCUGGCGGACGCCUUCCUGCUGCUGGGCCUGCCAUUUGAGUCCCCCGAGGCGAAGCAGCUCAACAAGGAGAUCUUCGAGACGAUGUACUUCUCGGCGCUGGAGAUGUCCUGCGAGCUGGCCAAGGCGGAGGGGGCGUACGAAUCGUACGAGGGGUCUCCCGUGAGCCAGGGCGUGCUGCAGCACGACAUGUGGGGCGUGUCGCCGCCCAGCGACCGGUGGGACUGGGCCAAGCUGAGGUCGGACAUCGCCGCCCACGGAGUGCGCAACUCCCUGCUGCUGGCGCCCAUGCCCACCGCCUCCACGUCGCAAAUCCUAGGCAACAACGAGUGCUUCGAGCCGUACACGUCCAACAUAUACGUGCGCCGCGUGCUGAGCGGCGAGUUCACGGUGGUGAACCAGCACCUGCUGCACGACCUGGUGGCGCUGGGCGUGUGGAACAGCGACCUGAAGAACGAGCUGGUGGCCAGCAACGGCAGCGUGCAGCACCUGGCGGAGGUGCCUGAAAAACUUAGGCCUCUGUACAAGACAGUGUGGGAGGUGAAGCAGCGGGCGCUGGUUGACAUGGCAGCAGACCGAGGGGCAUUCAUCGACCAGAGCCAGAGCUUCAACGUGCAUAUGAGCGAGCCCAACUUCGGCAAGAUUACGUCUAUGCAUUUCUAUGCAUGGAAACAGGGCCUGAAGACAGGGAUGUACUAUCUCAGGACAAAGGCUGCAGCAGACGCCAUCAAGUUCACAGUUGACCAACAGGCCCUCAAGAAGAAUCGUGCUGCCAAUGGAGCCAAGGGCAAGUUGCAAGAAGCAGAGCCCAGGAUGCCGCUGACUUGCUCGCUGGAAAACAAGGAGGGCUGCCUGUCAUGUGGUGCAUGA